UUUACUCGCGUACGAUUCUCAUCCUGGACGUGUUUCCUGAGCUAACUGCAAUUGGUUCAAGUUGUCGGCUAACUUGCUGAUAUCCUACCAAUCGGAGCCUCUCGCUGCACAACUUCAAACCAGUACUUAAUACGAGCUCGCAGUCCCUGUGCUAAAACUUUGCCGGAGACUCUCUUUAGACAAGUGGCGUGGGGAGUCCCAACUUUCAUGCAAACUUUUUUUUUGAAGAAAACCAACAUUUUCGUGCAGUUUGAGAGAAAGAGAUGGCUCUGAGCGGCACGAUGUUGCCGUCCAUUUCUACAUUUGCAAUUCCCAAGACCUGGGAGAAGCAGGAAUAUUGUAACAAAUGGAAAAACGAGCCGGGAAUGAAGCAGCCUCAGACCGAGUGCCCAAUGACGGAGUUUAUGCAAUAUUUGGAGAACUUCUCGCGAGCCAGUGAUGUUGUUGAUGAUCUGAGUUUGCUGGAUAUGGAUUUUAUUCUGUCGAACACCAUGUGCCCCGAUUCUGUCGGCUCUCUGGACUAUCCCGUGCCCGAGGAGGAAGCCGCCUCAUUUUACCAGAAGAGCGACUCUCUCGCCUAUAACGUGCCCGAGGCGGGGGAGCCUGCGAACUACAGCAUGAUGUCCGAGCUGCUGCGCUCCGACACGGACUAUUGCCCGCCCAAUGCCGUCCACGGCCGCUUCCUGCUCACCCCUGCCUUCCCCGCCGAGGACUUAGCCAAGGCUCCCAAGGCCGAGCCGGGCAUGGAGGGCUAUGGGCAGGGGAUGGGCAUGGUGCCAAGCCCGGCUUGUUUCCGGAUCAAACGAGAGGACACGGUGCCCUGCAUGGUGGCUUACAGCGAGCAGCAGCGGCUGAGCAGCUCCCCGCACGCCGGCGGCAAUGUCACCCCCCCGCUCAGCCCCGGGGACCUGAUGAACUCGGAGUGCCAACCGACCCAGCUGAUGUGUCACCCCGGGGGGGUGCCCUACCAGCCUAGCUACCCCUUCGCCCACCACCAGAUGCACUAUCCCAACCAGUACGGCCUCUUCGACGACCCGGUGGCUCUGCAGCCCUCCCCGGCCCAGCGGCUCAUGCUGACUCCCCCCUCAUCCCCGCUCGAACUCCUGGAAAACAAACCUAAGAGAGGCCGGCGCUCCUGGCCCAGGAAGCGGACAGCCACCCACACCUGUACCUACGCCGGCUGCGGCAAGACUUACACCAAGAGCUCUCACCUGAAAGCUCACCUCAGGACACACACAGGUGAAAAGCCCUAUCACUGCACUUGGGAAGGCUGCGGCUGGAAGUUCGCCCGCUCCGACGAGCUGACCCGUCACUACCGCAAACACACGGGCCACCGACCCUUUCAGUGCCACAUGUGUGAGAGAGCCUUCUCCAGGUCCGACCACCUCGCCCUCCACAUGAAGAGACACAUCUGAAAAGGCCCGCAGAGACUUUCCAGAACUUAAAAACCAGUCAGAAUAUUCACAAAAGAAAGGUGUUCCAAAGACAAUUAUUUAAUAACAUACCGAGGAUGAACAUUUCGUUGGCGAGCUGUAGCUGGUUCUACCGCCCUAGAGAGCCGAUCAGAGACAAAGUGGGCGAAUUGGAACAGGGGGAUUGGAGACAGAGGGCCAUCUCGAACUCCACAAACGCCCCAGGGACAUUGUGGGUAGAAUCCACAGUAACUGUCAGUAAAAGAUUUGUGUGUCCCAGGACUCUUGUUAAAUGAAUGAUACUAGCGACAGGGUAAAAUGUAUACAGUUUACAUGACUGCUAUAUUUGUUCAGGUCCUGCCAUUUGUUUGAAGGGGACGAGGUUACACAGAGAGAGUUAAGCGACGUCUUGGCUGACUUUCUAGUAACUGAACUCAGUUGAUGUAUGGAGCGCGGCUAGUUUCACUGCCCUCAGUUGUAGCCUUGUAAUAAGCUUCGAAUCGAAUUAAUAUUCUUCCUUAUUAUUAUUGUGUCCGGUUUUUCUUUUGAAUUUGAAUUGACCCGCUGAUGGGUUCGAGGGAAUGUUGCGUUUCUCUGUCCGACGACAACCGGCUGAAGUUUCCCCCCCUGCACCAGACUUCACUCCGGUAUAGAGUACAGUGAUUCCCACAGUAUGUGAGGUGCAAUAAUAUGAUGCAAUGUCUAUCCCAUCUCCGAGUUACACUAUACAGGGCUAGAUGUCUUGUCAUUAAUAAUUGUAUUUUACCUGACUUGAAUCUAUGAAUAUAUGUAUAUAUUAUUUUGUAAUAAAAAUUAUUGUAUUUUGUAAAUAUAAAGAAACUGGACAAAUUUCAACUUA